GCAGAGAAGCUUCAUGGACGGGAGAGAAUGGCUGGAUCACUAAGACUGUUUCACUUUCUUACGGCUUUAUCCGUGUUUCUGUACUAUAACGCGGUGGUGAACGGAGGCAAGAGAGGAAACUGGGAUAAAUGCAACUACAAGGGAUCGCAGUUGUCCAGUUUUGAUGAGAGUGGUCGCAAGCUUGCAGUCACAUUGCGAUAUGACAACUGCUCUGUAAACUGGAAUCCGGUGGGGAAACACGCCAUCCAUGAAGUGAACAACAUCACCUUCAGUCACUUGUCUUGUGACAGCCAGGCGGCCGUGGUGGUACACUGGAUGGCAAGUCCACUCGGUAUUGAACACGUCAAAGGAUUCCGGGUGUAUUUGGAGGACAAGAACCCUGAAGGAAAACAAUGCCAGCACAUGAUUCUGAAAGAUCCACGACAGCUUAAUUUCUCUUACAAAACUGUUAAGAUGAGCUCUCAACCUUUCACGGGGCUCGACUUUGAGACGGACUACAUGGUCAGAAUCGUGCCAUUUCCCACAUUCUUGAACGAUAGUUUUUUUCCACCAUCUUUUCUGCGCACUAACAUUUGUGAAGUUCUUCUUGGCCCAGAUAACAUUGUCUGCAAACCAUUCUGGAAGCCAAAGAUGCUCAAUGUGUCUCAACUCGGCUCAAAUUUGCAUGUUGUGUUUGACCACGCCCCCUCCACAUUUGGAUUCAGCCUCUACUAUCUGUACUACAAGCUGAGACAGGAAGGGCCCUUCAGACUCAAGCGUUGUAAACCCAAAUAUAACAGCAUAGAGGUUUGGAACAACAUGAGGGAGCAAAACGGCCCCAAAACAACAUGCGUUUUGCAAGAUGUCAGUCCAGGAACUUAUGCAAUAGAGCUUCGUGAUGAUAACAAUACAACCAGAAAACAGACGCUGUACCAUGUGAGCCAAGUGCAUUCGCCGUGGGCCGGACCAAUCCGCGCAAUGGCCAUCACCGUUCCCCUGGUCAUCUUGUCUGCCUUUGCCACUCUCUUCACCGUCAUGUGUCGCAAGAAACAGCAAGAGAAUAUCUACUCCCACCUGGAUGAAGAGAGUUCAGAGUCUUCCUCUCAAACUACCGCUCUGAACACUGAGAAGCCCUGGCCGAGACCAAAGAUCUUCAUUUGUUACUCCAGUAAAGACUGCCCCAAACAUCUCGCCGUCAUCCAGAGCUUCGCCUUCUUCCUGCAGGACUUCUGCGGCUGUGAGGUUGCGUUGGAUCUCUGGGAGCACUUGGAGAUCUGUAAAGAAGGUCAGAUGGCCUGGCUGAGUAGACGUAUUGAUGAAGCCCAUUUCAUCAUCACUGUUUGCUCCAAAGGCCUAAAGUAUUUUGUCGAGAAAAGACACCGUAAAGGCAAGGCCACAUCUAAAGAGAAGAACAAAGAGUCAGGAGAUGGCAGCAGCAGGGACCUGUUCAUCGUGGCCACGGCCAUGAUUGCGGAAAAAAUCUGCGAGGUGCACCAGAAGUCCUCUGAUCUCUCCCGCUUCAUGGCCGUCUACUUCGACUACUCCCAUGAGAGCGACGUGCCCACUUCACUCAGCCUGGCACCCAAGUUCAAACUGAUGGACCAGUUGCCCCAGGUGUUUGCCCGACUUCAUUCACGCCAGCUAAGCUUGACCGAUCGUGAGCCACAGCCACCCAACGUUAGUAAGCGCAACUAUUUCCGCAGCAAUUCUGGAAGGUCACUUUACGUGGCCAUUUGCAACAUGCAUCAGCACAUUGCGCAGGAGCCGGACUGGUUCGAAAGGCAACUCAUGCCGCCACCUUCAACGAACAAACGUGUGCGUGUCACACCACCUCCAGAGAAGCUUGACUCUGGGCUUGUACUUAACGAGGUGAAGUUAAAACAUCUGUCAGAGAGUGUCUUUGCGGUUAGGAGUAAUGUCCUGAUCCUGACGAAUUCGCCAAAAUUGGCAGUGCUCUCGUUGUCUGGACUGUCUUUGAGUUCGUUGCAUGGUGAAAUUGGAGAAGGAUCAUCGAGUCAGGAAGCGGUGGGGUCACCAAGACCUGUUAUUCAUAUGGACGGCUCAGCCAGCCCACUCGAGAUGCCCAGAGACUCUGGAAUCUACGACUCAUCCGUGCCCUCGUCAGAACUCUCAAUCCCGCUGAUGGAAGGACUUUCCCCUGAUCAGGCCGACAACUCCUCGCUGGCUGAUAGUGUGUCCGCCUCCUCAGGGCUUGGUGAUGAGGAGCCCCCUGUUGUCAGCUCACUGUAUUGCACAGGACCCACAAUAUGCAAAGCAGAACUUCAUCACAACAUACAACAGAGUGAAGGACUCAUAGCCGCAGCCUCCACCUAGUGGCCUGUAUCUGAACUGCAUCGCCACUUUAAUUUCUAAACUUGUGCCUGUGACAAGUUGCCAACAAGUCCUUCCCGUCACAUUCCUUUCAGAAGUGAAUCCCUUGAAUCUUUAUCAGGGAAUAUCUUCAAUGGACUGAAUUUUAAGGGAUUGAACAUUGCCGUGUCUGAAGACUGCACCUUACAUCUGGCUGUUAUUUAACCAAAGAGGUUGAGUACUUUCUUGGCAGCCUUGAUGUUCGUAGUGUAAGCAUCAGCAGUAUACGUUGUCUUAAAACUGAUCUGUUGCUAGUGAUAAUCACUUCACCAUGUCAUCAAUUGGACUAAUCUUGAUCUUAAAUUGGUUUACAGCUCCAUGAAUUUGUGUACAUGAGUAUGAUAUGUGAAUGUGAGAGUGAUUUUGAAAUGUAAUUUCACUUUUAUUUAUUUUACUUCAGUUCUGUGGGAUAACAUGAAAAGCAAUAGAAAGCAUCACUGAAGCUAUUUUGAGGUGAAACUCGUUUUAAAAGUAUAUCAAGAGCAUAACAUUUCUUAGUCUUGUUUCAAAAUGUACACAAGCACAACACAGCAUAGCAUAAAUUAAUUAGCAUAAAGUUUGUUUACAACAAAGGGUAGUACAAGCUAAAAAUUUAUGCCUUUUGUUAAUCCAUUGGUAUGUACAGUAUGUUGUUUAUCCAGGUGUUGUAAAGGUUUUAGGAUAUUAGAAGUGAUUUCUACAUUUUGUAAAGUUUGUACUGUUUUAUAGUACUCUAAUGU